UAGCUCUUGUAGUCUUGCGCGCACUUGGUUUUCUACGCCAGCGCAGCAAGCAGCGCAACGCAGCGGCCGGCAUUGAUUAUUGCAUCUGAUCUCCGCGCCGGAGCCGGAGGGGAGGAGAGGAUCGAGAGAGGAUGUGCUGCGGCGGCGACGGCGAGUGCCGGCCCCUGGGGUGGCUCCUGGGCCUUCCCUUCGCGCUCCUCGCCGUCAUCGUCUCCUUCGUCGGCGCCAUCAUCUGGAUCAUCGGGCUGCCCAUCUCGUGCAUCUGCCCCUGCUGCCUGUGCGUGACGCUGCUGCUGGAGGUGGCCGUCGAGCUCGUCAAGGCGCCGCUCCAUGUCAUGACAUGGUUCACCUCCAAGAUACCCUGCUGAUCAUCAUCCACUUCGCCGCUGUUCCACCGUAGCUAGCUACCUGCCUCGUGCUACCUCCAAGUUACUAUUAGACUCCGGUUCGGCACUUUGUGUUCGUCCACAGAUUUCUUGCUGUAUAUUCGUAUCAUCGUCGGCUGAUUUCAUUCUUCUGAAUAUAUGUUGGUCUGAAAGAAAUUUGAUAGAUUUGUGGAUAAAAGAAGAUAGCACCUGAAAAUAGAAAAACUGUAGCGCUCCUUUUACAACAGGUAGGGCUCCUCUUUUAUAGUGACCCGUGAGCCACUUUACAUUUCGAAAA